AUGAAGUUUGCAAGCUUAACACCUGUUGGCAAGUUAGCAAAGAUUAUGAAAUUUAUCACUAUAUUAACAAUAUCUCUUGUUUUCAAGCAGGAAAGUUUUUCAUUCUAUAUUGAUACUUAUCAAAUUUGGUGCACAGGCUCAUUGGCUGUGGAUGGGUAUCCCAAUCCAAAUGUUUAUGAUAGUCAUUGUUUUCAUGUAGCUAACGAACCACUAGCUGAUUAUUGGCUGCUGGUGGAUAUGAUUAUGCCAUACAAGAUUGACUAUGUUGUUGUUUGGGGUAGAGAUGAUUACGUUCAACGUUUGGAUUAUUUCAUCAUCGGAUUGACAAACGUCAACUACUUCAACCUUCCCACCAACCAGACCAUCAGAGGCAAGUUUCCUCUCUGCGGUGUAUACCCCUACAAAGCUCAGCCCAGUUUUGGAAAUCGUGUCAACUGCAGCUCCAACCUGCCUGCUUCCAGGUACAUCAUCGCUCAACAAACUCCGUUAGCGGAAUUUGGAUUCUGUAUCUGUGAAAUUGAAGCUUAUGCGAUCCAAGAAAAUCUGUGGAGACGCAAAAGCGGAUUGAAACUGAGUGGUCUGAUCUUGUUGACAGCCAGUUCGAAGUCUGUGUAUCAAUGUAUACUGAUGUGCCAACAACUCACUGAUUGCUCAUCCAUAAACUUUGAAAUUGAAUCUAAAAUCUGUGAGUUCAACGAGGGAACUGUUGAAAAUGUCAAAAACAUUGAAAAGAAUCCACUCUACGAUUAUUGGCAAUCAGUGUGAAUUGGAUGUUUGCUAUAAGUUGCAUCAAUAAUUACUGAUUGAGUUAGCAAGAUAAUGCUUACUUACUGUAAACGCUAUUUUCAUGCAUAUAUUCUUUACAUUAGAACAUGCAGCUUCUUUAGUUUUUCUUUUAUAAGCACAAAUAUUACAAUAAAAACCUGUUUCUAUUUUAAAAAAUUUACGUUAAUAAAGUA